AUGCCCGGCGAAAUAAUAGAUCGACCAAACCCUGAGCCUAUGCCGUCUGACCUGCCUGACCUGCUCGAUGCAUUGAUGGUCAGGCUGGACUAUGUCCGGCUCGAGCAGAGGGAUUACGAUGCGUUGAUGGCGUAUCGUCGCGCGGCAUGCUAUAUAGCUGCUGCUAUGAUAUUCCUACAAGAUAAUGUGUAUUUGAAGCGAGACUUGAAAUUCAACGACAUCAAGCCUCGAUUGUUGGGCCACUGGGGAACAUGUCCCGGCCUCAUCCUCGUCUACUCGCAUCUCAACUACUUGAUCUCAAAGUAUGACUACGACAUGCUGUACGUCGUCGGUCCCGGCCACGGCGCCCCUGCAAUCCUGGCCUGCCUGUGGCUAGAAGGCUCGAUGGAGAAGUUCUAUCCUCAAUUCUCGAGAGACGCCGACGGACUCGCCCGUUUGAUAUCAACGUUUAGCACCACCGGGGGCCCGCCUAGUCAUAUCAAUGCGGAAACUCCAGGGGCCAUUCACGAGGGCGGGGAGCUUGGAUACGCGCUGGCCGUUUCAUUCGGCGCCGCCAUGGACAAUCCAGACCUGAUCGUCACAUGUGUGAUUGGCGACGGCGAGGCCGAGUCAGGGCCAACAGCAACGAGCUGGCAUGCAGUGAAAUUCCUCGACCCCAAAGAGUCCGGCGCCGUGCUGCCAAUCUUGCAUUUAAAUGGCUUCAAGAUUAGCGAGAGGACGGUGUUUGGCUGCAUGGACGAUCGGGAACUGACCGCGCUGUUUGUGGGAUACGGCUACCAGCCACGUUUUGUCGAAAGUCUCGAUGAUAUCGACACAGACUUACAUACGUCAAUGGUCUGGGCGGUGGGCGAGAUUCGCAAUAUCCAAAAGGCUGCUCGGCAGGGGAGACCGAUUCACAAGCCUAGAUGGCCUGUGUUGAUUCUGCGGACGCCAAAGGGAUGGUCAGGUCCAAAGAAAAUACAUGGGCAGUUCAUCGAAGGAUCCUUCCAUUCGCAUCAGGUUCCUCUCCCCAAGGCCAAGAAAGACAAGGAAGAGCUGGAGGCGCUUCAAGCCUGGCUCGCAUCCUACGAGCCUAAUGAAAUCUUCAAUAGCAAAGGAGGCCCCAUCGACGAAAUAACAUCAGUCAUCCCCAAAAACGACAAGAAGAGACUCGGUCAGCGCGCUGAAUCUUACUGCAGCUAUUACCCUCUCGACCUGCCGGACUGGAGGCCACUGGCAGUCGUCAAGGGCGGGUAUGAGAGCUCGAUGAAGGCGAUUGCAAAGUUAAUCGACCAGGUGUUUAUCAAAAACCCUCACACGGCCCGCCUUUUCAGUCCAGACGAGCUCGAGAGUAACAAGCUCGACGAGGCUUUGGCGCAUACUGGACGCAACUUUCAGUGGGAUCAAUACUCGAGAAACCAGGGCGGCCGCGUAAUCGAAGUGCUGAGCGAGCACAUGUGCCAGGGCUUCAUGCAGGGCUACACCUUGACCGGCCGGACGGGCAUAUUCCCGACGUAUGAGAGUUUCCUGGGAAUUGUUCAUACGAUGAUGGUGCAAUACAGCAAGUUCUGCAAACUGGCCCGAGAAACAAAUUGGCACUGCGAUGUCGCCAGUAUCAACUACAUCGAGACCAGCACCUGGACUAGACAAGAGCACAAUGGCUUCUCCCACCAGAACCCAUCGUUUAUCGGCGCAGUGCUCAAACUCAAGCCGUUCGCAGCCCGAGUCUACCUGCCACCGGACGCCAACACCUUCCUAUCCACGCUGCAUCACUGUCUCGGCUCAAAAAACUACAUCAACCUGAUGGUUGGAUCCAAGCAGCCGACCCCGGUCUUCCUCAGUCCCGAAGAGGCCGAGAAUCACUGUCGUGCGGGAGCAUCCGUCUGGCGAUUCUGCAGUACCGACCAGGGCUUAAACCCAGACGUCGUCCUGGUCGGUAUCGGCACCGAGCUCAUGUUCGAGGUCAUUUAUGCGGCAGCGAUCUUGAGACAGCGCAUCCCCGACCUACGAGUCCGCGUCGUCAACGUGACGGACCUGAUGGUCCUUGAUACAGCGGGCUCGCAUCCUCACGCACUCUCUGACGACGGCUUUGACUCGUUGUUCACACCGAAUGUGCCCGUUCAUUUCAACUAUCACGGCUACAACACCGAGUUGCAAGGGCUUUUGUUCGGCAGGGAGCGUCUGGAACGCGUCACGAUUGCCGGAUAUAUAGAAGAAGGCUCGACCACGACCCCGUUCGAUAUGAUGCUCGUCAACAAUGUCUCGCGCUUCCAUGUUGCAGAGGUCGCAGUGCGCGGUGCGGCCAAGCGGAAUGAAAAGGUGGGUGUGAGACAGCAGGAAUUGCUGAGCGAGUUGGCGUCGGAUAUCAAAGCGACCAAGAAAUAUAUUUUGCAGCAUCGCAACGAUCCGGAGGAUAUGUAUUCCAUGCCCAAGUUUGACUAG